GUAGUAAGGAGAUUACAUGAGGAGGAGGUUUGUUACAGUGUGUCACCCCAGUAGUAAGGAGAUUAUUAGGAGGAUGGACAAGGACAGGAAUGAGAUGACUAAGAGAAUAUUACACUUCACCUUGGAGAUCCUCCACCUGCUGACCGGAGAGGAUUACACCAUAGUGAAGAAGACAUGGGGGGAGUGUGUGGCCCCCAGCAGCCAUCUCCAUGAGUCAGGAGGAUGGAGCAGGGCCCGGGGCCCCAACAUGGAGCCUCCACCUCACUCACUGAUACAUGAGGAGAAGAUCCUAGAACUCAUCCACAGGAUCACUGAGCUGCUGACUGGAGAGGUUCCUAUAAGGUGUCAGGAUGUGGCGGUCUUUUUUUCUAUGGAGGAGUGGGAGUAUGUAGAAGGACACAAGGAUCUGUACCAGGACAUAGUCAUGAUGGAGGAUCACCGGCCCCUCACAUCACAAGAUGGAGUCAUUGAUAGAAUUCGAUCCGAUAGGUGUCCCCGUCGUCUGUAUUCCCAGGACUGUCCAGAGGGAAAUGUCCCAGAGAACCAUCAGGGUGAAGAUCUGAUGGAUAUUAAGGUUGAGGUUAAAGAUGAACCAGAAGAGGAGACGGAUUUCUGGGCCGAUCACCCGUGUAUGAGGGAAGUGAAGGAGGAAAUGCCAGGAGGUGUUGUCCCAGAAAAUCCCAGUAAGAAUUCUGAGGGAAACUUCAUGUUAUCCCUGAAUGAUAAAGGAGAAUAUGAAGAUAUGAUGGAGCGCUCCUCAGGAGAAGACCUCCUUACCCCUAAUGUCCAUCCAGAUCUAUCCUAUAAUAAUCCACCUGAUCAUGAGGCACCUUCUCCUGAACAACCACACAUUGUUACCACAAGGACAGAGCAGGAACAUGGGAAAGGUUUAUAUUGUGAGGAAUGUGGGAAACAAUUUACAAAAAGAUCAGACCUUGUUAUACACAGAAAAAAUCACUCAAGAAAGAAGCUGUAUGUGUGUUCAGAAUGUGGGAAAUCCUGCAAAUGCCAAUCACAACUUAUCAUACAUGAGAGAAUUCAUACAGGAGAGAAGCCAUAUUCAUGUUCAGAUUGUGGGAAAUGUUUUAUUAGUAAAUCAAGUCUUGAAAUACAUAUCAGAAUUCACACAAGAGAUAAGCAAUAUUCAUGUUCACAAUGUGGGAAAUGCUUUACAACUAAAUCCCAACUUGUUAGACAUGAGAGAAUUCACACAGGAGAGAAGCCAUAUUCGUGUUCAGAAUGUGGAAAAUGUUUUACAAGUAAAUCAAACCUUGUUAUACAUAAGAGAAUUCACACAGGAGAGAAGCCAUGUUCAUGUUCAGAAUGUGGGAAAUGUUUUAGAGAUAUAUCCACUCGUAUUAGACAUGAGCGAAUUCACACAGGAGAGAAACCGUAUUCAUGUUUAGAAUGUGAGAAAUGUUAUACACAAAAAUCAGAUCUUGUUAAACAUGAGAGAACUCACACGGGAGAGAAACCGUAUUCAUGUUCAGAAUGUGGGAAAUGUUAUACACAAAAAUCAGAUCUUGUUAAACAUGAGAGAAUUCACGUAGGAGAUAAGUCUCGCCAGUCAAACUUUCCAGUGAGUUGUUGAAG